AUGGUUCUACCUGUUCUUUUGUUCUUCUUCUUCUUAUUGUUCGCUGACCAUUCUGCUUCAGAAGAUGAGUGCCCAAGUUUCCUUGACUGUGGGAAUCUAGGCAAGCUCGAGUUCCCUUUGACUACCGCAGUGCACAAAGACUAUGGGAUGUUGCCGAUUCAUGGCUGUGAAGACCCCAAUGCUCAAAAAACUAUAAAAUUGGGUAAAAAGAUGUUUCAAAUGACGAGGAUAGAACUCGGGUUGCUUCCUGAAGUUGUCGUUAGAGACGCAUAUUUGGAGAAGCGUUUGGCAACUAAUAGUUGUGACGCCUUUCGUUCCAAUAUUACUGUUCCUCCUAACUCAGCUUUGGGUUCCUUUCAUAUCUGGCCAAAUAUAACCAUGUACAAAUGCAAUAUUCCACUCAAUCAGAGUCUUUCAAAGCAAUUCUUGAACUAUACAGGAUGUGUUCAAAGUAAGAAUGAGACCAUCUUCUUCCGAAAGCAGGAUCAGGUUCACCCUCCACCUCCUUUAGCAACAUGUCCAAGGGUUCAGCUCCCAGUGAAUAAGCUGGCUUUCUCCGCUGAUCCAUUUACGUUCAUAGCUUCUGAAUUCCGUGUUAGUUUUCAGCCUUCCCCUGGUUGUGUUCAAUGUCUUUUUGACAAAGGCUCAUACCGUCUCAACAGCACCAGAGAAUUUUAUUGUCUCAGUACAACAAAUGAGAAUUUAUCUGGUUCAGUUAAUUUUCCUCAAAGACGGGCUGGGAAGCUGGGAUUGAAGAUGGGUUUUGGAGUGAGAUUAGGCAUUCUGACAUUAUCAUUUCUGCUCUGCUUCGGACUCUGCAAACAGAAACAGAACGCUAUGUCCCAUGUCAGACUUCGAUCAACGAAUCAAUGCCCAACUGAUGCAGACCCAGACAGUGGCAGACUGUUUUUUGGAGUCCCAAUCUUCUCCUACAGGGAGCUUCAAGGCGCAACCAACAAUUUUGACCCCUCCAAGAAACUUGGGGACGGCGGCUACGGCUCUAUUUACUAUGGAAAGCUUCAAGGUGGGCGUGAAGUUGUAGUGAAGCACCUAUUCAACCACAACUACAGACGAGUAGAACAGUUCAUGACAGAAGUUGAUAUCCUCACUCAUCUGCAAAUUUUGAGGGAAAUUGAGAGUGAGAAAGAAGAAGGUAGGGAUCUAGAGGAAGGUAAAGCUGAUGCAGAUACACGAUCUAGGGAGACUCCAAUGAGCUAUGAUCAGGCAGAGUUGGUGAAGGCAUCAUUUUCACCAAAUAGUGUCACUGUAAAAUGGAUCAGUGAAUCUACUGCUAAUUUCAGCCUUUAA